AUGACAACUGCAUCGCAUCGUCACACUUACUACGGCGGUGAUACGAUAACAUUUCAACUUCCAGGAAAGGUACCACCAGCAAGAGAUGAUACACCACGUAACAUUCCUUUAGAAAAGAGAAAACAUGUCACAUUUGGACCAUAUAUUAUAGGAUCAACCUUAGGAGAGGGCGAAUUUGGGAAAGUAAAAUUGGGAUGGCCCAAGAAUAGUCUCCCCUCAUCAUCUUCUGGAAUAGAUGUGCCUAAACAAGUUGCAAUUAAAUUGAUUCGUCGUGACACCAUCUCAAAGGAUUCUAGCAAAGAAAUUAAAAUAUACCGUGAGAUUAAUGCUUUGAAGCAUUUGACACAUCCUAAUAUAGUUAAACUAGAGGAAGUUUUACAAAAUUCUAAAUAUAUCGGUAUUGUAUUAGAGUAUGCAUCAGGUGGUGAAUUCUAUAAAUAUAUUCAAAGAAAAAAAAGACUAAAGGAGGGACCUGCAUGCAGAUUAUUUGCCCAAUUGAUUAACGGUGUGCAUUACAUUCAUUCAAAGGGAUUAGUCCACAGAGAUUUAAAGUUGGAAAAUUUAUUAUUAGAUAAACAUGAAAACUUGAUCAUUACAGACUUUGGAUUCGUGAGCGAAUUUUAUUCUCAUGGAGAGUUAAUGAAAACUUCAUGCGGUUCACCUUGUUAUGCAGCACCAGAGUUGGUGGUGAGCACUAAACCCUAUGAAGCAAAAAAGGCGGAUAUCUGGUCAUGCGGUGUAAUACUUUAUGCGAUGCUUGCUGGUUACCUACCUUGGGAUGAUGAUGCAGGAAACCCUGAUGGUGACGAUAUUUCGAGGCUUUAUCAUUAUAUAACGCAGACUCCUUUGAAGUUCCCAGAUUACAUAAAUCCCAUUCCAAGAGAUUUGCUUCGAAGAAUCUUAAUUUCAGAUCCAAGAAGAAGAAUUACCAUUAAAUACAUUGAAAAACAUGAAUGGUUGAAACCACAUUCUGCAUUCCUAUCUAUUACUCCAGAAGAAUGGGACACAAUUAUGCAUAAGAAAUUCCCCUUAAGGUCACCGAAAUCAGUUGCCAAGUACUCUAAGAGGCCAAUUUCGACAUGCUCUACAUCAUCAACUGGUUCAAAGAAUGAUAAAAGAGGUUCUUUAAUUAUUGAUUCUACAUUGAUGACAUUUCCAGUACCGCCUCAAGAAUCACAAUCGCAUGUACUUACAAAACCAUCUUCACCUUCACCUGAACAUCAUCAUUCUCCUAUUAAGAACACCAAAUUACAUUCAAGAAGCAAUUCUGCUGCAUCAAUUGCAUUGCAAGCUGUGGUUGACACUGAAAGGGACUACGUCUUGAGUCAUGAUUCAUUUAUGCAACCACUAAAACCAAUUCCCCCUGUAAUUGAAAGAAGAUCUCCAAUACAAGCUCGUAGAACAAGUGUAUAUUCAGGAACGCACCCAUUUUCAUUAAUGAACAGAGACAACACAAUAAUUGAAACGAGUCCAAUAAGGCCGUCAAAUAAUGAAAAAAGAUGUUCAUCCCUAUACAACGAAUCGGAAACAUUGGUUGAGCAACCAUUUCCUCCUUCAACAGACGAGGCAAUUGUGUAUCCAAAUCAUAGUUUCAAUAAUGUAUCCAUUCGACUACAACAGAAAAAUAAUAUUCAUAGCAACAACUUGAAAAAUAUGCAUCACGGUCCACCCCAUCAUAGAAAGCCAAGGCCUACAUCAUACCACCCUGGUUCCUCUAUGGUAGCUAUGUCAAUGAGUUCUCCAACACAUCUAUCACCACCAUUAUUGUCUGUUUCACCUAUAAGUCUCAGUUCAACUACACAAACUUCAAGUGCAUUACUGUUUGAUACAGUACCCAAUUUAGAGCCUACGACGUCCACAUCAUUGACUUUACCGUCUCCAGAAGGUUCGCCGAAGAUGAUGGCACGUCAUUCUUUUACAAUGAGCAAGCCAUCCCUGGACCUACAGAGUGUUUCAGGUGAUUUAAUUAGAUCAAAACACGAUAGUGAAUCAGUUACAAAAAUAAUGCAUGAUCAAGUAGAUGAUAUACAAGCAAAGAAAAAAAAGGAACCUCAGAAAAAAGUGAAAAAUGAUUUGCCUUCCGAAGAGAGGAAGCAAAUAAAGAAUAAUCCCACUUCUAAACUGACGAACAUGGAGGAGAUGACUACACCUGUGAACAGGCCUGAUUCAGGACCUCAAAUUUCACUUAGAAAGGGAAGCAAUAGUUCUGAUUCGAGGAAGCCAGAGAAAAAGAGAUUCAGUUUAAUGUCAUUUUAUUCUUUAUACAACAGUUCUAAAUCGAGUGUAAACUCACAUGAUUCUAAGACCUCCUCCAUUAGAAAAAUUUCGUCGACUAGCACCAAAGCACAGCAAUCGAGAAUUAAUGAAAUCCCGUUAAAAGACAGUACAAAUAAACCACAUUACCCCAAAAAGGACAAUAAGAAAACGAUACCAACUCAUUCAUUCAACGGGAAAAAAAAUGUAAGGUCAUCGAUAAUGAUUUCAUCAUUACCAGAAGAGCAAAGUACACUCCAUGCUCAACUUCGCCAGCCACAUGAGCAAUCUACAACGAGGAGAGUUAUUGAGUUUUUUAAGAGAAGAAGUAUGAGAGUGUAG